AGCUUGCAGGUCCAACCUUGGAACUCUCAGCUUCACAGGCCACAGCACCACCGACCUCUUGAGUUUCCUUUCGGCGUAGGCUAUUCUCUCCCUCACAGGGGGCCGGUGACCGCGACACACACGACCACUCGCACCAGAGCGCCCACCAUGGCGCUUCCUUUCCGCGACAUCAACGUCCACGUUGCCGCCGACUCGUACACCUUCACCUCGCCCUCGUCUCCCAACUCUCCCGCCCUCGUCGUCGACCGCCCAACUGGCGAUGUCCGUCUCAGCGAUGUCUCUCCGCUCAGCGGAAAGCGGGUGUCCCGUGUGUCCAGCAUCGCUGGCAUACUCGGCAUGAUCCGCCUGCGACUCGACAAGUACAUCAUCGUCAUCACAAAGGCACAGCCCAUCGGCCGCCUCAAGGGCCACAUGGUCUACAAGGUCAUCUCGACGGACUUCUUCCCGGUCCGCGAGCGCCAGAUCCGUGAUCCAGACGAGGACCAGUUCCUGUACCUGCUCAAGACCUUCAUCAUGAAGGGGCCCAUGUACUUCUCGUAUUCGGUCGAUCUUACCAACAGCUUCCAGCGGCAGGCGUCCAUGGACAGCUCGAGCCCGCUCUGGAUGCGAGCUGAUGACCGUUUCUUCUGGAACAGGUUUGUCCAGACAGACCUGAUCGACUUCCGCAAGCACGGCAGCAGGUCGCAGCACGGUGCCCAGCCUGCCGUAGACCCCUUCAUCUUACCCAUGAUCUGGGGCACCCUCGAAAUUCGGCCGACCACUCUUAAAGGCACGCCUUUGACGCUCGUCCUCAUCACACGCAAGGCGCGAUUCCGUGCCGGAACAAGAUACUUCACUCGUGGCCUUGACGAGCAGGGCAAUGCGGCCAACUACAACGAGACGGAGCAGGUUGUCAUUCUGAACGAUACGGCAACUGGCAUGGGCGGUUUUGCAGGCACCGGCGACAUGAAGACUGGCAAGCUCGGUGGCUCGGAAGGACGGGAGAUGCAGAUCCUGUCGUAUGUGCAGACUCGUGGCAGCGUGCCGGUCUUCUGGGCGGAGAUCAACGCUCUCAAGUAUACCCCAAAGCUGCAGGUUCGGGGUAUCGAGACGGCCCUGCCUGCUGCGAAGAAGCACUUUGACGAGCAGAUUCGCAUCUAUGGCGACAACUACCUCGUCAACUUGGUGAACCAAAAGGGUCGAGAGCAGCGCAUCAAGGAAGCAUACGAGCAGAUGGUGGAGAUGCUCGUCACAUCGCCCAAGGAGAAGACCAAGGCCGAUAUGUUGACGGAUGAGAAAUUCCACGUCAUCGAGCCAAGUGGAUCGAGACAAGAGUACGACCGUCUGCACUAUGUCUACUUUGACUUUCACCACGAGACCAAGGGCCUCCAGCUGCAUCGGGCCAUGCUUCUUGUUGAGCAGCUGCACGAUGCGCUCAUUGCUCAGCAGUAUUUCCGUGGCCUCGACAUGCCGGCGAACGGUGGCCUCGAGACGCGAAACUACCAGACCAGUGUCGUCAGGACCAAUUGCAUGGACUCGCUCGAUCGCACCAAUGUUGUCCAGAGCAUGCUGGCACGGUGGACCCUAGACCGGAUGUUCACCGAUUUAGGCCUGCUUCAGAAGGGCGAGACGUUCGCUUUGGCAGACCCUGCAUUUGAAUUCCUCUUCCGUAACGUGUGGGCAGACAACGCCGAUACCGUCUCCAAAGCGUAUGCUGGCACAGGCGCCAUGAAGACAGACAUGACUCGCUUUGCGAAGCGGACGAAGAAGGGCAUGCUGCAAGACGGAAACGUCGCUGUAACCAGAUUCUAUCUCAACAACUUCCGGGAUGGUCCUCGGCAAGAUGCCUACGAUCUGUUCCUGGGCUUUUAUCUCCCGAGCGAGGCCACACACACCUUCGCCGACCGGAGACCGGUUCUCAUUCAGAGCAUUCCUUAUGUCUUUGCUUUUAGCUUCUUCCUUGUCCUUGUAGGACUCUUCACGCCACGGGCGGCCGAUGCGUCCGCUCUGCCCGGUCGCUUAUUCAUUCUCUUCUGGCUAGGCGCCGCUGCCUGGUCCCUAAGCUUUAUCCUUAACAACGGCAUGCUCUAUGUCAACUGGCCCAAGCUGAACCCCCGGCCGUGGGCCGUAGAGGGCUACCAAGAUGCCAUUACGAACGUGCGCAAAGACAAGCUGCUUGGCCCGUUUGUUGCGCGUCACGAAAGAGGCCUCAGCACGGCGAGAUACCUCAAUGCCGAGGAGGGCAAGAAGAGAAUCGAGUAGAAUGGUUUUGUGGCGGUAAUGGGCAUGGCGGCUUACUUCCGCGAAGCAGUCGAGUCUGCGGUUUCAUUUUCAUAUUCGUCUCCUGUAGAGCGUUUAAUUAUGUGUAAGAUUUUCUCUUGUUCGUUUCUAUACCAGUCGAGAGUUGCGACAGAGCAUGUAGUGAUACACAUUGCCGAGUCUGGCUCCAUACUUGAGAGUACCCUUUACAGCCACAAGACGUGUGCUUUCAAUUCGAGCCGACCGCGUCGCAAUCUUGGCGACACCGCAUUGGAGUUGAGCCUGUCCCUAGGAGUCGAUACCACUCAGUUACUGUGCCUGUUUACCAAUUGUUGCCCCGGCCGUUGCGGUCAAGAA